AUGGAAAAAGAAAAAAUGAGAUUUAUAGAGGAAGAGGAAGAUUUGAUCAGCAAACUUCCAGACGUACUUCUAUCUUCUAUCAUUUCUUUACUUCCUUUCAUGGAAGGUGUGAGAACUAGUGUGCUUUCAAGACGAUGGGAAACAAUGUGGAAAUGCUCAUCUCAUAUGAGCUUUGAUCAAAGAAAAAUGUUGAAGCUUUUGAUCGAAAAUUACAUUAGAACUUCUGAACCAACCACACGCCUUAAAAUGGCUUUGGGUCGUAAGAUGUCUCCGGAAGAUGAACAAUAUUUUGAUUCAAUUGCUCAAGCAGCCAUAUUAAUUACAUCAAUUAUAGAUAAUCACAUUGGUCCUUUGAAAAGUUGUAGCAUUCGUCAUUUAGUUGAGAGUUGUGCAAGUGGGGAUGUUGUUAGAUGGAUGAGAAAGCUUUUGGUGAAAGGGGUGACAGAGGUUUCAAUGGAGCUUGAAUCCUUUGAUUAUUGUCACCAAAUAAAAGAUAUAUCCUUAAUGGAAGUUGGGUGGAACCUUAAUAUUCCUUUUGACAUUUUCUCUAAUUUCAAGGUUCUUAAGUUGAAGAACUAUCGAUUUAACACAAUACCUUUUUCAAAUUCUUCUCAGGUUCUACAGACUCUUACUCUUAAUAAUCUGGAUAUUGAAUCAAAAAAAUUUCAAGAGAUCCUCUCUCAUUGUUCAUCUCUUGAAAAUCUUAUAAUUGAAAAUUGCAAUUCAUUAGGAUUCAAUGUUAAGAUAUAUAGUCUGAGUCUAAAAUAUUUUAGAGUUUAUGACAUGAUAGUGCAAAAUCUUUUAAUUUCUGCCAUUAACAUUGAAAUCAUAGAGAUCGACUCUGUUAUUUGUAAUGUUGGAGAAAUUAUUUUUGAGACCCCAAAACUUCAGGUUCUCAAUGCUUUUAGUGAUUUGGAAAAAUCUGGACACUUUUUGUCUCUCUAUGGAAAUAAGCUUUUAGGAACAAGGGAUAUCAAUAAAAGAUAUCAGAUAUUGGGUUCUCGAGGUACAAGCAUGGAAAGUAUAUUUCACAAUUUGGUUACCCUUUCCCUUGAUUUAGAUUUGGAAAAUAGUAUUAAUUCGAUGGCUCUUUAUUCUGCCUUGAAGUCCUGCCACAAACUGAUGAAUCUUCAAAUUAAUAAUAAGGUAAACUUGGGCAAAGAAAAUGGAAUAGAUGAUCAUAAAACCAAUGAUUGUAUGCCUUACGACGAAUAUAUGUUUUGGCAAAAAAUGGAGUCAUGUGAGUGUAUUAAUCAUCAACUAAAGUCUGUUUGUUUAAAGGGAUAUAGAGGUGGAAAGUUUGAAUAUGAGUUUGUUAAGUACUUAAUAACUGAUAGCCAAGUUAUACAGAAUAUUAUCAUAUGGUUUGUGGAUGACUCUUCAUGGGUUGAAGUUGUUGCAACUACAUGUUUAUUAUCAUAUCCAAGAAUUUCUCCCAAAUUAUUCAUUGAUCUCAAGCCUGGAGUGGAGUAUAUAAAAAAAUAUGGUGAUAAAUUUGAAAAGUGGGUUGUAACCCUAAAAUAA